AUGGCAGCAACUAACAGUAGCACCGAAGACGUAGACUUUCUCCUGAUUGCUUUUCCUGCAUCGCAAGAUCUGCAAUACUUGAUUUCUGUUCCUUUCUCAAUUAUGUUCCUGGUGGCAUUAUUUGGCAAUAUAACAGUAUUUUUAAUUAUUGUAACAGAAAAUAGUCUCCAAGAGCCCAUGUAUUACUUCAUGUCAAUCUUGUCAGUUACUGAUUUUCUUAUAAGUGUUACUGUUUUGCCUGAAAUGUUAACAGUGCUAUGGUUUGGUGAGCAAGCUAUAAAGCUGAAUGUCUGUUUUACUCAAAUGACAUUUAUUGCAGUGUUCGCAGCCAUGGAGUCAGCAAUGUUAUUAUUAAUGGCUUUUGAUCGUUAUACUGCAGUAUGCAAUCCUCUGAGAUAUUCCGGAAUUAUUACAAAUACUUUUGUAUUAAAAGGAAGCUUAUUGGCAGCAGCCAGAAGUUUAUGCACUGCAGUACCUCUGCCCCUACUUGCUGCGAUGUUACCAUUUUGCAGAGUAAGUAUUUUAAGCCAUGUAUUUUGCGAAUACCCUGCUGUUAUCAACGUUGCAUGUGCACGUACUUCCCUAAGUAUCGCUUAUCUUUAUGCUUUACUCAUAGUAGGAGCUGUACCUGAUGCAGCUUUGAUUUGCCUGUCAUACUUCAUGAUUGUAAAAGCUGUACUGAAUCUAAAAUCAAAAGAGUCCAGGGAAAAUGCAAUUAGUACAUGUAGCUCUCAUUUUUUUCUUAUUCUAUCAUUUUAUCUGUCUGCAGCACUUACAUUAGUAGCAUCUAUUUUUGAAAACAAAAUACCAGCUAACAUUCGUGUUUUAUUCUCAGCUCUGUAUAUUACUAUACCGUCAACAUUAAAUCCUUUAAUAUAUGGUAUAAAAACAAAAGAGAUUAGACAGAUCAUAAUGAAACAUUUAAGAACAUUUAGAAUAGUUUCAUAA